UUCCAGGAAAUUUUGACCAUCCGAGGGACUGCUUAUACACGGCAUAUUGACAAGAUUUGAGACUUUCAACAUUAUGUGCGAUUUUUCGAAAUAUGGCGGGCGUAGUGAGGAGUGGCUUGCAGUUGAGGCAGGCUUGCCCCUCUCGUCCGUCGUGACUGGUCAAGCCGUGCUCGAACGCCGGGCAUUGGUGAACAAGGGGCGCGAAGAGAUAGCCGCCAGAGUCAUGGAAUCGCUCAGCGGCAAAGUCAGGACAUACGAUCACUCGAUCCCAACCCGUGACGGCCAGCAACUCGAGGCGAGAAGCUACCGAUCCACUCUCGCUGGCAGUGAGGGGAAAUCGCCCGUCUACAUGCAUCUGCAUGGAGGCGGAUUUCUCUUUGGUACUCUCGCAUCCGAAGACGCUAUCUGUGCGCGCAUAGCCAUCAACACUGGUGUCGUCGUGGUGAAUGUGAAUUAUCGGCACACCCCUGAGUUCACGUACCCGACGGCCUGGAACGAUGUCGAGGAUGCUUUCGUGUGGCUACACUCUACUGUUGACAAACUUGGGGUUGAUGAGAAACAGGUGGUAGUUGGAGGCAUCUCUGCGGGUGGUCAGCUCAGCGCGGCACUCACCCUGGGGAAGCAUCUUGGUGCUCUGGGUGCAGCAGCUCGGGCGUGUCCUCCCAUUGCCGGCCAGGUCUUGAUGAUACCAUGUCUAGUACACAUGAAUUGCUACGAAGGCCACAUGAGCCGGAUCAAGGACCCGUCAGUGGCAUCCUAUGUUGAGAACGAAAAUGCCCCGAUCUUGUCACGGGAUGUCUGCAUGAUGUUCUUGGAUCUUCUCAAAGUCGAUAAUCCAGAUGCCAACGAUCUCCGGUUGAACCCCGGAAAUGUUCCCCCCGAAAAGGUCACAGGGCUUCCUCCGACUACAAUCGGGGUAGCUGGCUUGGAUCCAUUGAGAGACGAAGGCUUGCUGUACGCCAAGAUGCUUUCAGAAGCCGGAGUUCCAACAAGGACACAUAUCUUCAAAGGCCUGCCUCACGGCUUCCGACGGUUUGGAGAUCAACUGAGCGAGACCAAAAGGUGGGACAAAGUGGUAGAGGAUGGAAUACAAUGGGCCCUUGGACGUCCCAAAGCCACUGGACAGUUCAUUGUGGAAGAGUAGCACUAGAAUCGACCAUACUGUUCAGCCAUGCUA